GACCAGCAGGGUUUUAGGGGAAACGGAGAGUCCACAGCGAGUGUCAGCGCUUUAGGGGAGCAGGGUCGUGGUCCUCCACAAUGAUUGAGGGAGGAAGCGUGAGGCUCGGCGCUUUAGGAGAGAAGGAAUGAGUGGGGAUAUGUAUGAAACGAAGGGACUUGGGGAUGACAAAGUGUGGGGCUGGAUGAACACAGCAGGCCGAGCAGCAUCUUAGGAGCCCAAAAGCUGGCGUUUCGGGCCUAGACCAUCCAUCAGAGAGGGGGGAGGGGAAUAGCUGUAUGUGGAACACGAGUAUCCAACGUGAAUGACUGAGGGAGUCUCGCCGCUUAGGCUUGCUCUAACGAAGAGGAGAGAAUGGAAUAUGAUUGUCGACAGUGACUGACAAAGAAAAGAUAUUUGUUAUCUGACAAUGUGAUUCGUUUGAUGGAGUUUCAGCAGAAGAAGGUUGCAAUUGCCAAUCAGAUGUAUGUUAGUAGAGAACAAUAUUUCAACAACAUUGAAGAGAAAUUAAAAAAGAAUGAGUUAAUCCUCAAGGAUGAUUUAAAAACGUUAUUACAUUUGUGCCAAACGCCAUCAGAUGUCCAAGUAGCAAAGGAUCUAAUUUACAGAUAUCAUUCUGAGAACAGAAAUACAGCUUUUGGGGAAUUUAAGUUUGGCCCUUUAUUUGUAAGACUAUGUUAUGAGCUAGGAUUAGAAGAAACUGCAGAAGAGAUGGUGAAAGACCAGAAUCUGAAGGGCUUCUUCUCUGAUUCAACGUCAUUCAACAUUGUGAUGGAUAUGCUGUUUAUGAAGGAACGAUACGAAAGUGCUUUGGGAGUUCUUCUGGAAAUGAAAAAUCAAGACAUAAAAUUUAGUAAGGACACUUACACAUUAGCAUUUGCAGUCUGCUACAAAAUGAAUACCAGUGAAGCAUAUAAGAUCUGCAGCAUGCUGUUGGAAGAAUCGUUAGCAAGAGGAGAUUUUAUUCCCCGGCAUGCGUUCUGCUUUGCAAUAGCACUUGCAGUUAAGCAGAAUUAUAUUGAUAAAGCCCGGUCAAUUUACUCACACAUUUUGCACACAGACAGCAAAAUCUGUCUUAAUCUUCAUGUCCUUUUACUGGCUCUGUCAGGGGCACAACAAAAUCUGCUUUCCGUUUUGGAAACAACAGUUGUAAACAAUGUCCCAACAUUUGUGAAGAAGCUGGAUUUUUCCCAAGAAGUGCUGACUGCAGUCCGCAAAACCUUGAAGAACAAUCUAGAACUUCAAAGACGUUUUGAAGAUGUCUGUGACACACUGCAAAGGUCUGGCCAAAUCACAGCUCUGAGUCUCGACGACAUGCUUUGUCAUACACCAAAUGGAAAGAAGCCUAUUAACCAUUUGCUAUUUACAAGGAAAGUUAGUCGACGGACCUUCAAACCGUUACGUUCGGCAUUACUUUCAGAAUAAUUCUGCUGGACUGUGCAUUAUUUGACAGUGUUGAACAGCUGUGUCUGGACAUCUUUCCCAGCUAUCGAUGUUGGCAAAAAGAACAGAUUCUUUUCAACAUCUGGUUUUGCUGUUUCUAGCAAACUUGAAGAUAGUGAGGUGCAAAGCACUUCUCAAGGCAAGGAAGGAUGAUGUGUGUUUUGAAGCUGGUAAUUGUUACAGUAACCUUGAAAGGCCCAAGACCCAAGUUAUACAUUCGGCAAAAGUAAGUUUUUUAAAAAAAACUUGCUGUAACUAGCACCUGAUGUUGCAUAUCUUUGGAGGAUACAGAAAGGUACAGUGCUUCCAGUUCAUAACCUUUUGUGUUUUAAAUCCAGAGACCUCCUGGAAAUUUUAAAUUUCAUCACACUUGAACUUAGCUUUUUUUUUGGUUUAAUUCUCCAUGCAUUUGUAUGCUGGUCCAAAAUCUUGCAGUCCUUUCAGAAGCAGUUUUAGCAAAAAUAUCAUUGAUCCUUACCUGAACCAGAAAGACUAUUGUAAAGCUGUGAAGCGUGUCGCAUAGUUGUUUUUCCUUUCAUGUUAUCAUAACUGAGCCUGUUAUGACUGCAAUAUGUAUUUUCCAUAAAUUGCCAUCUUAUACUGAUGGGAAGGCAUUUGCAAGAUUUUGAGCCAGCAAAGUUACAGGAACCGUGAUAUUGUUCCAAGUCAGGAAGACUGAGGGAAGCUUGCAACUGGUGAUGUUUCCAUUCUUCUGUCUCUCCAUCCAGCAUUAUCCUUAAGAAUGCAGCCAUCAUUAAUUUCACGCAUAUGUUUCACCAAUUUGGAAUUCACUUUGAAUAAUUUCCCUGAUUUGCCACAAACUUGCGUUACCAGCUGAAUGAGAUGCACUUUUGUCGAUUCGGGUGCAAGAGAAAUGCAGGCCAUGUGUUCAGACCAACAUUUUGCUCAGAUUAAGUGAACAGAAGGAUAUUCCCUCAUUAUCUUGAAUAAAGUCAUGUUAUCUUUGAAGUUGUAAUAUUUUGGCGAAGUUCACCUUACCACAUUCAUUUCUGUCCUUGCCAGCAGUUUUGUUGGCUGCUACAAAGGUCCUGUGGUUGAUGUAAUAAGUCAUAAAAUAAUCUUUUAGUCAGCAUUUGUAAAUUGUUUGCAAUACAACACUAGUAUUUUCCGCACAUAAAGGAAUUAGUGUUUGAAACACUUGUUAUUGCUCGGCAACUUCACAGUAUGAAUGAUCUUUCUGUAGCAUGCACAGUCUACAUUCUUAAAGGAAGUAAGAUUUGAAAAUCUGUCAUCAUACAGUAACUUUAAUUUUUAAAAAUGAAAAUCAUUCAUACAUCUUUCAUAUUUCUUUCAAAGAUACAAACAGUUUACUGAGAAAUGCUAAACUAUGCAUCGGUAAAUGUUCUAUAGUUGAACAAUAAGCUGCCCCCUUUACCAUCAAUAUUUUUUAAAUGUAGUUCAAUAGGCUUAGUAAAGGAUUCUGAAUCAGACUUCUGAACUAAAGUGUGUUUUCUUGUAUGUCUGUUAUGAGUAACCUCUGGAUGUGAUAAAUUUAAAGUUUAAGGAAAA